AUGACUAUGAUCAAAACAACUCUAAUCUGUACUAGUAUUGCUUUAGUUCUUCUUACUAUUGCAUUAAUUUGUCAUAUUGUGGCAAUGAUACAUCCUCGAUGGAAAAUAUAUGAACAUCGUCAGCGGAGUGAUAAAACAAUGUACAUUGGUAUAUUUCGUCGUUGUGAAAAUCAUCAUAGACACACGAGCAUUAAUUUGAAUCAAAUUGGUCGCAUUUGUAAUGCUAAUAAAUAUUGCUUUCACGACAAUGAUAAAUGUCGAAGCCUAAUCGAUCCAAAUUACGAAUUAAGACCUGAAAUGCAAUCUAUCUGUAAUGCGAACAACAAUCAAUAUAAGUGUACUUAUUCAUCAAUAACAAAAGGUCUUAUUGCAUGUACAAUAAUUGCUGUUUGUACUCUUGCAGUUUUAACUAUAUGUUUAUUAUUUAUUGGAUUUUUAUUUAUUCUUGCAACACUUAUUUUACUUGGUACAACAAUGCGAUAUGAUUUAUAUCAAUAUCGUUAUAAUUUAGAUUUUCUUUUAGCUCAAUCUCCGCCAAGAGUUAGUCUUGAAGCAAAUGUCACAAAUGAAGUUAAUAGCAAUUAUAACAUUCGUCUUGAUUGGUCAAGUGCUUUGGAAAUAAUAGCAUUAGUAUUGUCAAGUUUUACAUUAGUUACACAAAUCGUUUAUUUAAUUUCUACAUAUCGAAAUCGGAUUGGUUAA